UCUCUGGAUUUUCAUUCUGAGUCUAUCUACAACUUUACACCUGCCUGAGUGCCAAGCCUCUGUAGAUAUAUAAGGGAAACCUUCCAGAGCCAUUUCAGAGUUACAGGAACAAGCUGACGAAAAGGAAUUCACCCAGCUCGGUCAGACAGAAACGGAGCAAACAUGAUUCUCCCUGCGGUUCACUUCUCCGGCUUUCUCCUAAUCUGUGUCUUCAUGAAAAGCUGUUUGGCUUUCAAAAAUGAUGCCACGGAGAUUCUUUAUACACAUGUGGCCAAACCUGUCCCAGCGAGCCCUAGCAGCAACAGCACGCUGAAUCAAGCCAGAAGCGGAGGCAGGCAUUACACAGGCUUGGACCGUCACAAGCACGUUCAAGUUGGCUGCCGGGAACUGAGAUCCACCAAGUACAUUUCAGAUGGCCAGUGUACCAGCAUAAAUCCUUUAAAAGAGCUUGUGUGUGCUGGCGAGUGCCUCCCUUUGCCAUUGCUACCCAACUGGAUUGGAGGAAGUUAUGGAACCAAGUACUGGAGCAGAAGGAGCUCCCAGGAGUGGAGAUGUGUCAAUGACAAAACACGCACACAGAGGAUCCAGCUUCAGUGUCAAGACGGAAGUACAAGAACCUACAAAAUAACUGUGGUCACAGCCUGCAAAUGCAAGAGGUACACCAGACAGCACAAUGAGUCCAGCCACAUUUUUGAAGGAACCUCUCAGGCAAAGCAUCACAAACAGAGAAAAAGAGCCAGUAAAUCCAGCAAGCACAGCUCAAGUUAGAGGUCAGACAACCCUUUCCCCCAAACUGAACUGAUCUGUAACUAUCUUCUUUACAGAUCUGACUGUUUAAAAGACAAGUCUGCUAUUGAUGUGUUCUCACCUGGUGGUGCAUUGCUAUGACCAAACUCAAAACAUCAUUCUGUAUAUAUGGACCUUUUUGGUGAUUUUCCAAAUGCUCCAGAUGGGUAGUUCUACAAGCUUUUCAACCCCGCACAAUGAAGUCUUACAUUUUUUUGAGGUGUGGAGGCAAAGAAUUGUUCCCUUGAACAUUUACUGAAAUUGUAUUUUUUUAGAAAGGUGCUUUGUUGUGAGUUUUCACAGGAACAGUUGAUUAACAAACAUCUGUUGCCUUCCAAAUAACAUUUUUUGAACACCAGUAACUGUUGUCAGUUUCAUUCUAAGAAAACAAUGCCUUGCACACUGAUUUUUCUCUUGUAUCUCAAUUUACCAAAAAUUAAAAUAUGCAUGGGGAUAAUUAAAAAGUACAGUUGAAUAAACUAUUUAUUUGUUACUGUAAUUAUUUAAUGAGCUUUUUACAUGUGAUUUUUUUUCAAAAUGUUAAUCUUUUGUUUUAUAGCUUUUUCUAUGUAUCAAAGUAUUUUCCUAUAAUUUUGAGUGGAUUAGAAUAUACAUUUUGUAGAUAAUGUAAAAUAGGUGUUCUAACAUUCUUGGUGUAUAUACAUAUUCAUUUUGAACAUUAAUAGUUUUGAGCUUUAUUUUACAAGUAAUAACAUUUUAAAAACUGUUUUGUACAUCAUAAGUUCUGCUUAUUGUUUUUAAAGUGUGUAAUUGAAAGAUAGAUAUGUCUUCCUUUCAAAUUCAUCUGUUUCUCUGUGUCUUUUUUUUUUUUUUUUUUUUUAAACAAAAAUAAACUGCUAUGGAGAUGUAUCGCCUUUGGAGCUCUAACAUGCAUGAAAACACGCACAUUUUAACCAAUUACAGCAUGCAAUCUAAUAAAGUGGAAUGUUUUACACUACUUGAUUUAAAGAAAGUGCCAUAAAAUAUAUCUGACAGUGAUAUUUAGGAUAAAAUAACUUUUCAACGGAUUCCAUUGGCUUGUAGAAAUCUUGUGUGACUAUCUAACAGCUGGUGCUUAUUUGUGGUCUAAACCAGACUCAUAUUUAACAAUUCUCAAUGUGUACAUUGUAGAAAAUAUGUUUGGGAGGUUUUACAAGCUAAUAAAAGCACUCCAGUUUAUUU